AUGUUAGGUGUAUCUGUAAGGGAGCUACAUUGUGCAAGGUUUCAAAUUCCGCGCCAACUUGGAUCUGUGAUUUCCGCUGGCAUUCGGUCUCACUCGGCGUUCAGUCUACUACGGCCUCGAGGCUCGGGGCAACGAACGCGCACUAGGCCGAUUGUAUUACAAAGUCCGAUUUGGCCAGCCGCUCCCUGCCUCUGCUUUGAGAUCCUAGACUUACCUCUUACUGCACGCUACCUAAGGCUACCUGUGGCUCAUUAUAUCAAGUUAGAGUUGUUUAUCGCCUGUCGAGUGCUGGCGUUGGAGUCGUUACGUUGUCAUCGUCCUAAUUUUGCAGUGUCCUCGUUUUUGAGGUCAGCCUCUAUCGGAGCAACGAACUCGUGCCCUUAUCGCGUGAGUUGCAUAGGUAGUGCAUCGCGAUUGUCAGUACUGUGUCACAGGAGGUUAGGCCCCCUCCUCCCUGCCCCCCUCCCCGCCCCAGCAGUCCCCCCGCUCGCCGUCGCCGGAGCAACAAACUCUGCAAGGUUGCAUCGCGACUCUGCUAUCUCGAUGCACAGACUCGGGUACACUUUCCCGUUGCGCGAGGGUAUGGAUGGUGGAUCGAUGCCGCCCCACGUUCACGGUCAUCGCCCUCCGCCCGCCCUACGCUUCCGCGUCGACCCCCCGGCACCCCCCGACACCCCCCGGCACCUCCAACACCCCCCCGCACCUCCGACCCGACCCCCUCACUCUAAAUAUACCUCCAACGACCCUUUAGACUGCUGUUAUGAAACACAAUUAGCUCGACUAUUUCAAGCGCAAUCGUUUCUUCGCUGA